AUGCGCUUCUGGGACACCAUCUACAACGAUGGUGUCAUUCGGUGUAUUGGUGGCGACCGAUGUCAUUUCGAGUGUCGCUUGGGCAUUAAAUGCAGCGAUGCGGUCCAACUGGUCCCCUGUCUACAUGUGAUUUGCAUAAAAUGCCAACAGAAAACGAGAAAAACCAGUAAAGUUUGCCCAGCAAGACAUUGUUACUCUCCAUUGGUCCCUCCAAUAGACAUUCGAUGGAAUCCAUGUGAAUACGAACGAUGCCUCCGAAAACUCGCGAUUGCUGGAGAUGUUUACCACACGGCCUGUCAGCACGACCUCUGUGCACAAUGUUUCGAUGAUGCCUAUAAAACUAACAAUGCUCAGUGCCCAGUUGGUGGAUGUGGUGCACCGCUCAACGAAGAUGAUGAACUGGAACAAUGUGAAGGAUAUUGCCAUGCCAGUUAUGAAAUCGAUAAAAUGGUUGCACUUCCGUGUUGUCAGGUCUACAUGUGUCAACCGUGUGCAAAGAAAUGGACAGAGGGCAAAGGCACCUGCCCACCUGGGAAAUGUCUGCAGAAAGGAAGUUCAAGAAUGAAAAGGGGAAAGAGAACACCUAUCAAAACGCCGUGCUCAGGACAACCCGAAUGUGAGGGGGAAGUGCUAAGAAAUUUCCCGUCAGAAAUGGAAUGCGAGCAUGAGGUCUGCAUCAAUUGUUUAGCGAAAGCGCUGGAAGAGUGCGAACGCAAUAACUCACCACCUGUUUGUCCCAAUGAGGCGUGUCGUUUGCCGUAUCGCUGCGAAACGGUGCUGGCGCUGAAGGCGCUGUUUCCAGAACGAGCAGCCUACUUCAGUCGCUUUGACCUCGAGUCACAUUACUCGAUGGAAGCCCUGAGAGAUGACACUAUUACGCCUAUAUCAAUCCAACGAAAGGCAACCUUACAGAAGAUUGAACUAAAGGUGUGCUUUUGUGAGGAUGAAGAAAAUCAAGCGCCUGUGGAGUUUGAGAAAACAGGACCACUAGGGGAUCUUCUACGAGAGAUUCGUCGAGUGCUGAAAAUUAUGAACACGGACAAGGUUUACGGCUAUUUCAAACGUGACGGGGAUGAAGAAAAACAACUGGAUCUCUGUCCGAAGCUCAUUCAAACGCCUGUAGACAAAAUCGGUAUCAACAAGGACACUCUUAUCCUCGUUGAUAUAACCGGGAUCGUGAACAACAAAGCAACAAAGAAAGCCGCCGGUAAUCCAGUCGCUAAGAAGUAA